AAAGUCAAGAUGAACAAAGUCUAGAAUUAACAAUAAAGAUAAGAAUAUAAGUACAAUAAAUCCUAGAAAGCAGAGAGAAUAAAAGCCUUGAGUUCUGAGAUUAUAAGUUUGACCAUAAUCGAAUGAAAUUGCUCUCAUCAUUGACCAUGCUUACCAUGUAGUUAUAUUAUUGAAAUUAAGAGUUGGUAGUAAUUUUAAUUAUUCAAUUUGAUCUUGUCGAACUUUGAUUAUCAGUAAGAGUUAUUCAAGUAAAAAGAAUUUACGAUUAAAAUCAUAAAAGGCUUAAUGAAAGAAUAUGUUGCUACCCCAAAAUCCAAUAAAUGAAGCAAUGAU